UCGCCAUGUCGGGAACCGGCAGUUCCAUCUCGGGCGGACACGCAGCAGGAUAGGGUAGAUAGACAGAUUUUUCGGCGCGGUUUUUCUCGUCGAUCGCUCGUGGCGCGAUUGCUCGUGUCGAUCGGAUGAUCGGGUGAUACUUGUCGCACGACCGUCGGACAAGUAUGCGAAGGAAAGAGCGAAGGUCGAAAGGCGUUUGAAGAUGCAGCUUCGAUCGGUCCCUACGAGCGGAACGAAUAUCCAGUCGCGUCCUCGCCGCGUCACUCCGCGUCGUCGUCAUCGUGACGGGACGUCGUUACCGCUCGUCGUUGCCCCGCGAAUCGGUCCCACGGGGCCCGUAACCGUCGAGGGAUGCUCGCGGAGAUGGUCCGGUUGUCCUACCAACACAGGGCAUUCUACUGCUACGUGAUUCUAAGCGUGUGGAUCUUCCUCCUGGUCGCUGGCAUGUAUAAAUAUAUCGGCGUGGAUGAGAAAACUUCGGUGCAAACGAGAGUCUUAAAUAAUGAUCUGUUGCUCCGAGAAUUCCCGAGAAAUUUAAAAUCGGACGCGAAGACGAAGAAGAUCUUUCGUUUUUGCAAUUUACCGCAUGAGAUAGCUGCAGAGACCGAAGGUAAACUCGAUGGUAACUUGACAUUAGGCGGCAUCCUGAUCUUCAUCCGUCACGGCGACAGAGGUCCUUUGACGCAUAUACGAAACAUAAGCAGCAUAAAUUGCGGCGGCGAAAUUGGCGCCGGAACUGGCGUAACGGAACUGGAAACGAUUUACGAGAAUUAUGUAAAUUUUGUGCAAAAUGUGUCGAGCUACUCGAAGACCGCCUGGGCCCAGUUCCUGGGCCCGUUUCACGGGCUGCCCGUGCUGCCGGCGAACGCGCGCGACUGCAAGAUCGGUCAGCUGACGACCCUUGGCAUUCUGCAGCUGCUGAAGACUGGGAUCCUGUUGAGAAACGCGUACUAUCACAAGCUCAAUCUCGGCAACGGCACCACCUUCGGCAAGGACGUCAUUGUUUACAGCACUUCCUACCGCAGGACUGUGCAGAGUGCCGUCGCGUUGCUCUACGCGCUGUUCGAGAACGAUGGUUUCCAGAGCCUGGCGAGGAUCAGUCUUCAGGAGAGCCAGAGCUAUGCGUUCUGCAAUAACGAAUGCGCUUGUCCUGCAGCUGAGAAAUUUCUGAAGCAGCAUUUAAAGGAGACUUCCAACCAUCUAAGAUCUCAUCCAGCCGUUGGUGAGCUGAUCAAGCAGGCGGCGAGUGCCGUGUUCGAGCUUCCGGAUCAAGCGCAGACGUGCGACCCGAAUACGCUGAGGGACGCUUUAUUAACGUACGUGUGCCACGGCGCCUCUCUACCGUGCGCCGAUCUCGCGGAGGACACUUUAAGAGCGACCGCGCAGAGGACGUGCGUCAAGAGCGACCACGUUACCGGGCUGUUCGCCUACACGGACUGGGAGUCCAAGCAGAUCGCCAAGAGCAGCAGCCGCAACAAGUACGGGCUGCUCAAGGCGUAUGGGAUGCUGCGCGGCAUCGUCACCUUCAUGCUACGCAUCAUCUCCGAGGCCAGACCCAAGAUCGUCCUCUACUCCGGCCACGACAAGACCCUGGAGUACCUCGCCACCGCUCUCGGCGUGGUUUCGGACGUGGCGACGCAUUACGCUUCGAGGCUCGUCAUCGAGAUCUACAAGAUCAAUCCGCGGAAUGAUAAUCGCCUCGCCAGCGACUUUUAUUUCCGCGUUGUCGCCAACGGUCGAGAUCUCACACCGAAGAUCCCGUUUUGCCGAAACGCCAACACCUACGUCAGCGAUGAUGGGACAAGGACCAGGCAAGAAGAGCGNNNGAGCGUCGUCAAAUUGUGCCCGAUAGAGAACAUCGUCCGACAACUGCACGACGACUAUUUCAUGCCGUUUAACGCGACGAACUUUAAGGAUGCUUGUUCGAGUCACAAGAUUCGCUAAAAUUAAUUAUGGUCGAACAAGAAGAUUCUCUAUAAGAAAGUAGACAAGUUAAAAGGAAUUGAGAGAGAAUUAUUUGAUAAUAAAUAAUAUAUUGUCCUCAAAAUUAUAAUAUCUUAAGAUUUUUAACACUUUUAUAGGUUCUCCUUUUUAUCUCUCUUUAUUCUCAAUAUAAUGGGACUUUAUAGUUACUCUAUUAGUAACUACAAAGUACUAAAUACCAAAUAUAUAUGAGAUAUAGAAGAAAAAUCUAUUUGAUCUAUAUAUCUCAAUUUUUAAAAUAAAAGAUUUAUGUCUUCUCUUGUAAUCCUAAUAGCUUCGUGUCUUGGAGAAUAAAAAUUAAUGAAUAGAAAUAAAAAGAGAGGAAUGAAGAAACAUUCGAGAUAAGAGUCAAUCUCUUGUUAUAGAGAUUAGAAAAUUAUGACUUUAUGAAGUGAAUUCUUAUCAAUUCUUUUUAAUUCAUUUACUUUUUGCAUAGCGAUUCGAUCUAUCGAAUGGAUCGAAUGAGUUUCUGACUUGCAUUAUGUGUCGUAGAAAAUAAGCCAACGUGAAAGUAAUUAUUAAUAUUAACAUUCGAAAAAAUUUAAAGAGAUAAUCCUUAAACUUUCUUAUGUACAGUGGGGUGUAAACCACACUUAUGUUAGAACGCAGUCUUUCCACCUAACAAGAAAGUAAUUCAUCUUGAUUCUAUGUAAAAUAGUUAUAUAGAAAUAUUCAAAACAAGCUCAGUUAAAUUUUCUUUUUACAUUUCAAUAUACAUUAACGCGCAUACAUCUAAGAAAAUCUAGGAUUGUCAAAAAUUAUAAAACUAAAAAAAAAAAAAAAGAAAAAACACGAAAAAAAAGAGUACAUAAGUUGUCAUCCUAGAAAGGAACAAAAAAAGAGCCUUAUCCUCAUAGAUCAUUUGUCUAAAACUUUAAAGUAUCUUUAGAUAAAUCGAAGAACGAUAGCGCUAAUGAAUCGAUUAGUCGAUUAUCACAUAUAUUUUAUCAUACACACUCUAAUGUAUAUAUGUAAAUAUAUAUAUAUUUAAUGUUCUAGAAAUAUAUAUGUAUACUAAAAACGCAGUCGUAUUUUUUCUUCGAUAAUAUGCAUAAUAUAAUAGACAAUUAUGACAAAAUGAAGAUAAUACAAAGAAGAUUCAUUAUGUUUUGAAGAAAAUUUUAUAUGAUAGUUUUUUCUACGACUGUGUAUUCAUCUAAUUAGUGACACUGUUUUACGUCAAUUUAUAUAUUUAACAAAGAACACAAUUACAUGUAUAUUAAAAGAUUGAUUGUUUAUUACAAAUCUCGGAAAAAGUAUUCAUAUUACAUGCAAUUCGCGAUAUAUAAAAGGCUUAUUAUAAUCUGUCGAUAAAUAAAUAAUGAACGCGUUUUACAGCGUACAAGGCACACGCAGGUUUACAUGCUUUCUCUUUCUCUCUUUCUCUCUCUCUCUUCUAUACUACCUACAAUAUAUUACAUAACUUAUGAAAUAAUAAUAUCAUAAAUACAAGCGCAAUGUCCAGCUAACAUCAACUUUCGCAGAACAUGCUUUUAUUUUGCUAACAAUCAAUAAAAGCCUCUCAUGUGUCUUAUAAUACUAAGAUCUACGCUGUAACAUGUCCUUAAUGACUUCUCAUACUUCAUUUCUUUCGUUUCAUAAUCAAUUUCAUUUUUUAUAAUUCUUCAAGUGACAUUUAGAAGUUGCGUCACUGUAAUCAAUAAGUGAAAGAUACCGCGAAAAUAAAAAAAAUCUUGCAUGAGAUAGUAAUGCGAGUUAAAGAUAUACAAAGUCGCAGUCUAUAUUACAGAGUCCAUGUAAAUGCCCAGUUCCGAUUAUUUCCGGUCAAGCUGACGAAAUUUGCAUUUCUCUCAUCAGUUGAGUUCAUGAUCAAUUAUGAUCAAUUAGUGCAAUGUAAAUCGUGCAGUCGAACGGAAAUAGAAAUCCCAUGCAGAUCGGUCAUUGACGACUGCAAUUUAGUACAAAAUACAGGACGUGUUUAUCAAAAAAGGGGAAAAAGAAUUAUAAUAAAUGAUAAAAUAAAAAAUGCAAAAAUUUCAGUGAUUUAAAAAAAAAAA